AUGUCGGCCUCCUCGCAGCGGCGUUUAAAUUACGACAACAUCAAUCCCCAUGUCAAGGCCGCCAAGUACGCCGUACGAGGCGAGCUUGCCGUGCGCUCGGAAGAGUAUCGUGCGCGCCUCGCGAAGAACGACACGUCCCUCCCCUUCAACCAGAUCGUCUCCGCCAACAUCGGCAACCCGCAGCAGCUCGACCAGAAGCCCAUCACAUUCUUCCGCCAGGUCCUGAGUCUGGUCGAGAACCCACUUCUGUUAGAGAAUGAGGAUGUCCUGAUCAACUCGCUCGGCUACAAGACGGACGUCAUUGCACGUGCCAAGUGGCUGCUGGAAAAGGUCGGCUCGGUCGGUGCGUACAGCGCAAGCAAUGGCGCACCCGCGAUCCGCCAGAGCAUUGCCGACUUCCUGGAGCGCCGCGACGGCUACCCGGCGAACGAGGCGGACAUCUACAUGUCGGCGGGCGCCUCGUCGGGGGUCAACACGCUGCUGCAUGUGAUCUGUGCAGGUCCGUCGUCGGGCGUGCUCGUGCCCAUUCCACAAUACCCGCUGUACACGGCGUCGCUGUCGCUGCUGAAUGCCCAGUGCGUGCCAUAUUACCUGGACGAGGCGCACAACUGGGCGACGGACAUGGACGCGGUCCGCACGUCGCUGCAGGAGGCCCGCAAGAACGACGUGGAUGUGCGCUCCAUUGUCGUCAUCAACCCGGGCAACCCCACGGGCGCGUCGCUGUCGGAGGAGGACGUCGAGGCCGUGAUCGAGCUGGCGCGCGCGGAGCGGCUCGUGAUCAUUGCCGACGAGGUGUACCAGACCAACGUGUUCGUGGGCAAGUUCCACUCGUUCAAGGGCGUGCUGCGCCGGAUGCAGGAGAAGAACCCCGGAAAGUACGACAACAUUGAGCUGGCGUCGCUGCACUCGGUGUCCAAGGGCAUGGUCGGCGAGUGUGGCCACCGCGGCGGCUACUUUGAGCUCGUGGGCUUCGACCCGCAGGUGCAGGCCGAGAUCUACAAGUUUGUCAGCAUCAUGCUGUGCGCGCCCGUGGUCGGCCAGUGCCUGGUCGAGCUGAUGGUCAACCCGCCCAAGCCGGGCGAGCCGAGCUACGAGCUGUACGACAAGGAGUACAACGGCAUCUACAACGGCCUGCGCGAGCGUGCGGUGGCGCUGCACAAGGCCUUUGACCAGAUGGAGGGCGUCGAGUGCGGCGAGCCGCAGGGCAGCAUGUACCUGUUCCCGACGAUCCAGCUCUCGGAGAAGGCGGCGGCGGCGGCGGCGGCAGAGGGCCGGACGGCCGACGAGUUCUACUGCCUCAAGAUGCUCGAGGCGACCGGUGUGUGCGUGGUGGCGGGCAGCGGUUUCGGCCAGAAGCCCAACACGCUGCACUUCCGCACGACGUUCCUGGCGCCUGGCACCGAGUGGGUGGGCAGCAUCAUCAAGUUCCACAAGGAGUUUAUGGACACCUAUAGAUGA